ACAACUCUCAAGCGACGGAGAGACGAGAGGACGAUGGCCCUCAGACCGAUGGCCGACGACGCCACUUGCGACCUCAGCCUCAUGGUGGCGGAGCUCUCCUCUUCAUCCUCCUCCUCCGCCCGGUCGGCCAAUGGGUUCCUCGACCUCGACCACUGCCGCUCUGCUCGAGAAGCAGUCAUCGAGAAGCUUCUUCCUUUCCUCUCGCAGAUGUCACUAGGGUUUCUUUCCAGCCGGUGCUGCAUCGUCGACGCCUUCUCAGCCCUCGUCCCCUGUGGAGAUCGCCAGGUAAAAGUCACGUUUGGUGACGUUUCGGCGCUUUCUGACCUCCUCUUCGAGGAAUUGGAGGGGGCGAUACGGAAGAUUGCAUCUUUUCUCGCUUCCCCUACCGUAAUUUCGCUACUCAGGUGCUGCAUUAAGCUGCUGACCCCCCUUGGGUUCAACCAGAGCUUCGUUUUGAAGAAAUGCCAGGUUCUCCAUUCUCUGCUCGCGAAACUGUGCUGUCAGGUGGAGGCGUCGAUGCUUCUGUUCGGUGACCAAGAGGUGUCGUACUGGAAAAGAUCGAUUUCACGUGAAUACACAGUUUCUACUGACGGGGUGUUGAAGUCUCGGAUCGAGGUCUGUAAUGAGUUCAUCGAUGCAUCUGCAAUUGGGUUAGACGUAUUAUGCCCCAUUCUUGAGGUUUUCGUGGAUGAACUUUUGAUGAAUCAAGACUUCCAGCAGUAUUUGAUGACCACUGAUUCUAUUACUGCUGCAUCUAAGAAGCUAUUUAAAAGUCAACAUACAUAUGGAAAUGUUGCAAAUGUGCUUGAAGUAGUUUCUGCUCAUUUUCUUCUCUUCUUUUCCGAUGAAUCAGCUGUUACUAAGUUUAGUAAGACAUUAUUUUGGUCCUGUAAUGGGAAUCUUGAACCAUCGGAACUAAGCUUGUCUUCUGCAAUGGUAUUACUUGGUAUUAUUGCUAAUACUGCUGCAACGUACCUUCUCAAAACACAUGUGAUUUCGUUGGUUUCUAAAUCUAUCGGAAUCUGCCUGAAUCUGCAUCACAAAAAAGAAGACCUUGGCAUCCAUAUGCUCUCAUAUGUUUCAGCUUUUGAAGUAUCGGUUGACCUUUACUUGAAACACUUAUCGGUCUUAGAGGUUAUCGAUCAUUAUCUGAAAGCUGAUAAUUCAUUUGAUUUAUCGGAGAAGGAGCGGUCUGCAUUUGGAUUUGGCAUGCCCACAGCUUUUGAGUCUUUUGUUCAGCCAGUUACAAGUGGGAGAAUAGAUUUACAGAGCCUGAAGUUUGCAGAGUCAUGCAGUCCAAUCUUUGAUAAGAAGUUUUAUAGCUUUGAUCUAAUGAGUGCCACUCUAUCUUACAUCAACGAUAUCAAGCCUCUUUUUGAUCCUUCGUUCACUAAAGAGAUUUCUGAGAUACUAAACUGCAUUACAUUGAAAUGUCUAACAUCAGUAAGAAAAGAUACCUCUUUGAAUAUAGCUGAAGAAGAAACUGCUGGCAAAAUAUGUUAUUUAGCUGCUUUGUUAAAGCUGAUGGGCUGUUCUCUUCUUCAGAUUGUUUAUCAAAUCAGAGGAAGUCACAAUGCUUAUCGCUUAAAGACCCUGAAUGAUUAUGCUCAUUGUAGAGAAUAUUACUUCAUAGCUGACAUUCUUGGUUCUUUUGGACACUGGAGGCCACAAAGUGGGAUUAUUGCCUCUGGUGCUUUGUCGAAGCAUCCUGAAACACAUAAAGAGACAAAAUUAGUGAUAGUCCAUUAUUGCAGUUUACUUCUAUUCUGUUAUGAGACAGGAUCAAAAUUCUUGUGGAAGAGCUGCAUUUUUGUGUUAAUGGCGUUCAUAAAUCUACUGGUAUUUGAAGAGGGAAAUGUAGAUGCAUUGAAUUCAAUACUUCAACAACCAGCACCAUACUGUCUCCACAACUAUUUGAAGUCCAAAAUCCAUCAGGGAAUGGCAGUCAGGGAGUCAAGCCUAUUAGUUGCAUCACAUAUGAUGAGAAUCAGGAAUCUGGCAUUGCAGAAAUCAAGCGUAGUACAUGCAUUAAAGAGGACAAAAAUUGAGGAUGAGACAUUCGGACGACGCAGACAGUUACGUGUAUCAAACAGGAGGACUAAGGAUAGGGCAUCAAGGAAGUCAAGUCAACUAGUUCUAUCAAACGUGAGAAAGACUAAGUUGCAAUUUAGAGGGGAACCAGAAACCACAGAUCUCAUUGAGAGGGAAGAUGAAGAUGGUGAUAAGGCGUGCAAUGGGGAAGCCUUCAUUGAGUCCAUUUUGGGCAUGGAGGAAAAGGGAAAGAGGCCUAGUGAUUAUGAAGAACUUGCAGAUUUUAUUGUCUGCAAGCAUGGGAAGGACUACAAGAGCUGGCUGAAUUCGAGAAAGAUUUUCAGGUCAUGGAGUUAUGAAAAGGCAGCUCUAGGACGUCAGCAGAAGAAGAGAAAAUUGAAAAGAUUAUUAUGGGGGCUCAACGAUGAGUCAUAAUGUAGUUUCAAUAUGUCAGGAGGCCCAAGUUGUAUAGGUUAUGCACAAAAAAUGUAAGUCUGUAUUAUAACAAAGUUUUGUUUUGUUGACAUCCUCUUUUUUGUCUCUCUUUCUGACACAUGCACACCAUAUGGCAUGCAUGCUUCAUAGCAAACUUUCUAGAAGCACAUACUGAAAUAAUCAAAAGUAUCUCAUGUCAAUUCUGUUGGUAAGCUUUGUGAUGUUGCUUCUGUUGUUAAGCUUACCUAGUUUUACUUCAUUAAUAAAGAAACACUCCUCUGUCAAUUUAACAUGU